GUAUUUAUUAGCAGCAGUCUCCCCCUACAGUCACUGAUUUACUGUCCGGCCAAGCGAAUGUUCAGAAAACGCGCUGCUGCUGGGAGAGACAUUACCCACAUUUCGUCUUUGACAGUACGGCUGGUGGCACCUUUCCUUCGGGACACAUUUUCAUUCGCCCACAAACGCCCAGUCUGGUGUCGUUAUUUGCUGCCCAAGAGGAAGAGCGGGGAAAGGAAGAAAUAAGCUAGCAGGUCAUCGGCUCGGGUUUGCUCCGCAGGGGUGGCCAGAGCUGAGGGGAAGCAGAGCAGACCCUGCCCAUUGGAGAGGGAAUCACGACCACUGCUCCAGCCACACAGACCGUCUUUGCCUCCACCAUGCAAACCUCCAUCCUUCUCCUCCUUUCCUCAGUCCUCCUCCUGUCUCUACUCAUCCCCACAUGCUCUUCCCAGAGCGAAGCAGACCUCAUUGUUCAGACACGUACUGGUCGAGUCAGUGGCAUCCGCAUGCCGGUGCCGGACCGCAGCUACGUCACUGCUUUCCUGGGCAUCCCUUUCGCCGAGCCACCAGUAGGGAAGCGGCGUUUCCGUCGUGCUGAGCCCAAGCGUCCGUGGACAGGGGUGCAUGAGGCCCACUUCUACCCCAACGCCUGCUACCAGUUUGUGGACACAUCGUUCCCUGGUUUCCAGGGCACCGAGAUGUGGAAUCCCAACAGAGAGAUGAGUGAAGACUGCCUGUACCUCAAUGUGUGGGUGCCCUCCUCAGCCAGACCGCACAAUCUCACUGUCAUGGUGUGGAUCUACGGCGGAGCAGGUCCUGCCAUGGUCAGCCCUUUUCCGGUUUUCAUUUGUCCCUGUCGUGGAUGGCGAUGUUCUGCCCGACACUCCAGAGGCCAUGCUCAACUCAGGCAACUUUAAAGAUACUCAGAUCCUGCUUGGGGUCAACCAGGACGAAGGCUCAUACUUCCUGCUGUAUGGAGCGCCGGGCUUCAGCAAGGACAAUGAGAGUCUCAUCUCCAGAGAGGACUUCUUGGAAGGUGUCAAGCUGAGCGUACCACAUGCUAACGAUAUUGGCCUGGAGGCAGUGGUACUGCAGUAUACUGACUGGAUGGAUGAGAAUAACGGAGUGAAGAACCGCGAUGCCAUGGACGACAUUGUGGGCGACCAUAACGUCAUCUGCCCGCUGGCUCACUUUGCUCGCUCCUACGCUCAGCACAGCGCCCUCAAGGCUAACAUGGGCGGAGGCGGCUCUGGGGCGACAAACAGCGGAGGAAACGCACAGGGAGGGGCCUACCUCUACCUAUUCGACCACCGAGCAUCCAACCUGGCCUGGCCGGAGUGGAUGGGUGUGAUCCACGGCUAUGAAAUCGAGUUUGUCUUCGGCCUGCCGCUGGAGAAGAGACUCAACUACACCCUGGAGGAGGAGAAACUGAGCCGACGCAUGAUGAAAUACUGGGCUAACUUUGCACGAACUGGUAAUCCCAAUGUGAACCAUGACGGGAUGGUUGAAAGCAAGAGGCGCUGGCCUCUGUUCACUAUCAGUGAGCAGAAACAUGUUGGACUCAACACCGAACCACUGAAGAUCCACAAAGGUCUGAGGAACCAGAUGUGUGCUUUCUGGAACCGCUUCCUGCCACGCCUCCUCAACAUCACUGACAACAUAGAUGAGGCAGAGCGUCAGUGGAAGGUGGAGUUCCACCGUUGGUCCUCCUACAUGAUGCACUGGAAGAGCCAGUUUGACCACUACAGCAAGCAGGAGCGCUGCACUGACCUCUGAGAGCCUCAGCAGAGAGAGGGGAGAAUGAUGGGGAGGGGGGAGGCAGAGAGAACAAGUUAUGGCCAUUUUCCUCCAUAGCCCCUCAGUGAAGUCUAACUUCAUUCAACUUUUUUUGUUAUGUUUUCUGUUUUACUACACACACAAACAGGUACUGUUGAUCUUUAUUUAUAUUAUUUAUACUAUUUAUUUAUCUGUUGUUUUUCUGAAUAUGUGUGUGUCUCUGUGGAAAUUUAGGGCUAUGGAGGGAACAUGUCAUCAGUAUGGAGGAAUAUUAGAAAUGUCAAAGAUGUGUCAUUACCUCGGGUGUAUGUGUGUGUGCGUGCGUUUGUAUGUGGCUUGAAAGCCCACUGUUUAACUCAAAUCUCGACAGGCCCAUAACACUGCACCACUACCACUGCUAGUUUACUGUUUACUCACUGUUUGGGUUGAUCUCAUAAACUCAUCUUUUGUUUUCUGAGGAUUCCUUUUUUCCAACAUAUCAGGGUUUUGUUUAUUUGGACUCAACAACACUGUUUAUUUCUGUCGAAGCCUUUAAGUCUUGUUCGUUGCUACUUUUAUGACCACUAUUCCCAUCGCCGGUCGUGUUCUGCUUAACUUUGCCCCGUGUGUUUCUCAUGUGGUAAAGCCAAAUCCAAAUUGGGUUUUUUUGUGAAAAGGCUCCGUGUAAACAUUAGAAUACCUAGAUUUUCCUUUGUGGUUUGUAAGUUAGAUCCUUCCAUCAGCCCAACUGAUUGGUGCCUAAUUAAAUGCAAAAUAAAAUCAGCUUGAAAAAAAUAUCUACUGAUACUGUAAAAAAAAACAAAAAAAACUUGAUUUUAAAAAGAUGUGUACAUUUACACUACACAACUGAGAUCAUAUAUCUUAGCAUCGUACAUGAAGGUAAAAUGAAGUCAGAAACAGCGGCACCCCAAGUUAAAGUGAUGCUGUGUAACAGCGGUCUCUGUGGCCACAAGACAAUGGUACAUUUUCAACAGUAGUACAACUGAGAAGUGUCAUAAAGUCAGUGAAAUGACAGUGCCUCUUAAGUAGGGCUGUGGCUAGCAAUUAUUUGAAUUAUCAAAUAAACUGCAGAUUAUUUAAAUGAUACAUUGAUUAUUUAGUUCAUAUAACAUUAGAAAACAGUGAAAUACCUAUCACAGAAUCCUAGAGUACAAGGUGUUGGAUUACCAGUCCAAAACUACAAAAUAUUAAAUUUGCUUUAAGAAAAGCAAAUUGUCACAUUUGAGAUUCUUUUGGUUUUGGUAGUUUUGCUUCAAUAGGGACUUAAUCGAUGACUAAUGUACUGGUUCUUAAAAUAUUGUACAAGCUCCCUCUAGUGUAACAUAAUUUUUACAAUGACGUAAAUUAAUUUAAUAAAUGUAACAUAUGAUGCUGUCCAAAUACUACAACAUUUUAAAUUAAAAUACUUAUAGUAUGAGAUUGCGAAAAUGUAAUUUUAAUAUAAGUUUUGCAUUUCCUGUAAUAGUUUGUUUCAGUAUCAGCCUGCUACAUAGUCACAUUUAUGCUUUGCAAAGCAUGGCUAACAACAGUCAACAAUAAAUUAUCUCUUUUAAGAAUAAACCUGCCUCCUGCAUGUACUGUCUGAAUAGCUGAAUAGACUGGGCCUACCCUGCUGUAUUUUAACCUCGGUCAUAAUGGUGGCACUUGGAUAUUUCCUGAGGUGGUACGUGCUGUAAAAAGUUUGAGAAACAAUCAAUAUUUGUAUAUAUCAAUAUUGAUAUUCAUCUUAAAUGUGCUAACAUUAGCUAUGAUAAGCUUAUGGUCAUGGCAGACCAAGAAAGAUUGUAGCAGCAGAUUGUGUUCAAUUGAGCAAGGGUGUAAGAGGAUAAUUAUGUUAUUUCUUUUUUAAAAAGUUACAUGGUCUCACUUUAAGGCCACAAUAUGUAGGAUUUUAAAAAUGUCUUAUCUUGGUGCAUUUCAGUGGAAGUAAUAAAUCAAUACAUUUCAAUACACCCAUUAUAAUAUAAUAAUAUCCACCUUUGUGCUACUGUACUCUACUGUAUAAUAGUAUAUACUAGGGAUAAACAGAUUAUCUGACCUGAUAUUCAGCAUUUUUCUGUCACUAUUGUUAUUUUUUUAAGUGAUUGUUGAUUAAUUAAUUUGAAAUUAAGAUACUUUGACUCUGAUCUGCCACUCUGCUGAAACCUUCACUACAUCCUGACAGUAGAACAUGAGACAGAUAAUCUGUGAAAAAAUAUGGUUCCUCUGGCUCCUCCUGAUGCUCCUAAUAGCAUUUACAAGAAUCAUACACAGCUGAACAAAAACAACCAGAACUGAGAAAGAUAUAUAAACAUAUUGGUCAAAGUAUUAGUAUAUAUUUGUACAUUUUGACAUAUUCUUACAUUGCAGUGAUUGAGUUGCCAGUGGGAGUAACUUUGUCCUUCAAAAACCCAUAUUGACUGUUCUAGCAAACACGAAACAUCAACAUUAUCAAUGUCUAUGUCUGUACAUUUGUGUGUGUUUGUGUGUGUGUCUGUGUGUGCGUGUGCGUCUGUGUGCUGGUUUCAUGCACAGCUGUGAUGUAUUUCUGUGACACCCUUCCCUCUCUGUUCAUUCCAGUCCUCACUGCAUUAUCUCUCUGUCCUGUCAUCUUUUCACUUCUUUUCACUCUUCUUAUCCUUCCACUUCGCCUCAUUUUUAUUCCUUACAGUUCCCCUCUCCCUGUUCCUUUCUUUUCCUUCUUUCUAUUUUUCCACCAACUGCCUUCCCUCAUAUCUAAGUCAUCCUCCCAUCUCCCUUCCAUCUCCCAUGUCCUCUCCUACUUCUGUAUCCGUUCCUUUUUCUU